AAUCAACUAUUUGCACGAGACAGCGACGACAACUAGGCUGCAAAUAAGCUCUUUCUUGCCGGCUAGUUAGUUGUUGGGUUGUUCGGCUGUGUUCAUUUCGCGUGAAAUGACAGUUUUCUUUGCUUAAAUCUCCACAGUAAUGGCUCCAACUGUAUUCAAGUUUAAGCAAGGAGAGAAGGUGCUGUGUUUCCACGGACCGCUGCUCUACGAAGCCAAAUGCUUAGAGCUAUCAUCAGACAAAGACAAAGAGAUAAAGUAUUUAAUACAUUAUGCUGGUUGGAAUAAAAACUGGGAUGAAUGGGUCCCUGAAGAUCGUGUCUUAAAAUACAAUGAAGCGAAUCUACUGAAGAAGAAAGAACUUCUUCGAGCCCAUUCAGCAAACCCAGUCAAGAAAAAAGUUAUACCUAAAGCUAAAGCAUCCAAAGCUAGCAACGAUGGAGAUUCUGAUAGCCGGUCGUCAACCCCUACACUGAAAGGGGGUGACAAAAGUCUACCUUCUACACCUUCCUCAUCUCAAGAUUCAUCAAGUGAUGUACCGAAGAAAAAGAAAAGCAAAGUAGAUGCUACUGUAGAGACGGAAGAACAGUUUCUAUCUAAAGUAGAAGUUAAAGUGAAAAUGCCUGACGAAUUGAAACCUUGGCUGGUCGACGACUGGGAUCUCAUAGCCAGACAACGCAAGCUUGUUAAUCUUCCUUCAAAACUCACAGUUGAUGAGAUAUUGGAUAACUAUGUUAAAAUGAAAACAUCAAGCAAGAGCAACACACCCAACAAGGAAAGCUGCUUAAUGGAUGUUGUACGUGGAAUCAAGGAUUAUUUUAAUGUAAUGCUGGGUUCACAACUUUUAUACAAGUUUGAGAGAGCUCAAUAUGGGGAUUUGGUCCAGCAACAUCCCAAUAAACCUAUGAGUAGUAUUUAUGGUGGAAUCCAUCUAUUAAGACUUUUUGUAAAAAUUGGGAAAAAUCUAGCUUAUACUCCUUUGGAUGAGAAAAGUGUUCAAAUUCUGCUAAUGCAAAUUCAAGAUUUCCUGAGGUAUUUGGUCAAAAAUGCCGCUACCAUUUUCUCUCUUCAAGAUUAUGGCAUAGCUCCCCCUGAAUACCAGAGGAAGAUCAGCUAAGACAGACAUUGCCUGCACCAACAUGGUCCCAUUUUACAUGUCCCCCCCCCCCCAUGUUCUUCCACCCAUAGAUCCUCUAUCUGUGUACUACAUAUUGCGUCAAUCUAAAUGUAACAUUAUGAAGGUGGGGGAAGUACUUAUUGUGUUUUCACAAUGUGUUCUGCUUGUUGCAUUAUGUAUUGGCACUGUUGGAUCUCCUUCUGAUUCAUUAUUUAGAUCAAAAAUACUGAUUUAAUUAUUGAUUUUAAAAAUUUUAUACAAUUUGAAAGUCUUUAAACAAAACAACAAUAAAAUCUUAAAAGAUUUUUACUCUUAACUUUCACUUUAUCACAUUAAUGGUAAACAUGUGUAAACAUAUAAAACAUCUCUUUCUCUUGUUUUGAAUUGCAAGUUUUCUUAUUCACUGCAAUAUUAUCUAAUGCUGAUCAUAGUAGUAUGUUUACUGUGCUCAGGAUUUUGCUUUCCAAACCUAAAUCUCAAAAAAAGGCUGAUUCUCAAAGGAUUCUCAUAUUGCCGUUGAAAUGAGAUGCCGUUACAUUGUAACAAGUGCUCGUGUAUUCUAUAUUUAUCACUGACGAUUUCUACCAGCCAAUGGUAGAAUUCCCCCUUUGUUUCUUUUGUGUUUUACAAUAAAGUACCAUCAAAACUUUUGA